AUUAAUAUUUCAAUCAACGAUAAUAUCGAAUGUACUAAAAAACAUUUGGUGCACGUGACUUUGAAACUGAUAUUAUAUAAAUGGUAUUUCUUGUUUUUUAGCUCAGAAUUUAUGAAUAUAGAUUCACGAAAAUGAAGGCGGCUUUUAUUAUUACACUAUUACUACCUGUUGUAUUAAGUUACACAGCUAACUUAAAUCCUCUUUCAAAUGAGUUUAUAAACUACAUCAAUAGCAAACAAAGCUCAUGGGUUGCUGGAAGAAACUUUGAUGAAAACCUUUCAAUCCAAGAGAUGAAAAAAUUAUUAGGAACAAAGAAAAGGAAUUUAGGGGAUGUAAAAGGAUUUAUCCAUAGUGAGAAUAUUCAAGUUCCAGAUUCUUUCGACGCCAGGGAAAACUGGAAAGUGUGUUCAGAUGUAAUCAACACUAUUGCAGAUCAAUCUGCUUGUUUAGCUGGUUGGGCCGUAGCUGCAGCUUCUGCAAUGAGUGACAGACGAUGCAUAGCCUCCCAAGGAAAGCUUAAAGUACCUGUUUCUGCUGAAAAUCUAAUGGCUUGUAUCGCUUUCGGAUGCGACGGAGGAUAUCUGGAAGAUGGAUGGUGGUUAUGGGAGGCGAAUGGAAUUCCUACAGGAGGCCUUUAUGGCAGCAACCAGGGUUGCCAACCUUAUUCUCUUCCACCAUGUGAACAUAAUACAACUGGUACUAAAGUGCAAUGCAGUACUUUGAAGUUAGAUACACCUACUUGCAGAACUCAAUGUAACGAUCCCGCACUUAAUUAUAAGUCCGAGUUAACUUUUGCUUCAGGUCCAUCGUAUUCGUUCACUACAGUAGCCAAUAUGCAAAAGGAAAUAUUGACAAAUGGUCCGGUAGAAACGACUUUCCACUUGUACAGUGAUUUCUGGAGUUAUAAAAGUGGUGUUUAUCAACAUGUCGCUGGAGAUGAUUUAGGAUACCAUUCCGUCAAAGUUUUAGGUUGGGGUGUAGAGAAUGGAGUCCCAUAUUGGUUGGCUGCUAAUUCAUGGAAUGAAGAUUGGGGAGACAAGGGAUUAUUUAAAAUACUUCGCGGAAAAAAUGAAGUAGAGUUCGAGUACCAAAUGAUGGCGGCACGUCCAAAAGUCUAAUUUUAAACAAAAUAUUGGUGUUACGCUUAUGUAGGUAUUUAUAAAAUACACGUAUCUAUAAGUAUUGUGACGCCUCACAACCCGGCCUAGUUAUUCUUGAAUCUUCUCGGCUUUACGAGUAAAGGCCAGGCCUUCCACGGCGAUUCGAGACGACCGCUGUCAGAGUAUUUAAGAACAGGAAUUCGAGCACAGGCCAGUCAGUCAAUGAACGAGCCGCGACGCGUGAUAUAAUUGUAUUCGAAUCGGAUUUAGUGACAUGUAUUUAUUACUUAUCGUAAUUAUUAUGUUUAGUUAAUUAAAUCAUAAAUUUGAGUUUGUAAAUAAAUUAGAUGUGUUAGUUGGUGUUAUUUGUAAUUAUUAAAAUAAAUAAGUGAUGUAAAUAAAAUAAUAUAAGUAA